GACGAAGGAUGGGUACUAUCAUGUACCAUCAUAAUCCACUGCAGCAUCCGGAGCAUCAGCAUGCCCUCAUACAGGGAGGGUGGUCUGUGCUUUCGAGUGGGAGAUGUCGACGGUCCCGGAAGGACCUAGAUAUAGCAUAACGGAUAAGUAAUGUCACUGCAAAGGGGGGGUUCGAUUCCCCAGAUCUGGAUGAUAUAAUAUCGUGUUAAUUUCUUCUAUUCGUUGCCCCGGAUGGACUGGCGAUUGGAUGUCCUUGACGUCGAGAAAAGCACAGGCUGUAUCUGGUCCACAAAGAUCUCUGAUCCUCCAACGCAAAAGGAGACGUGGGGCUGGUGGAGGAUGAGUAAAAGGUUUAUUUCCUCCAGCAUAGAACUCAUGCUUUCGUCGGAUACGCCCAAUUGUUCAGUUUCGUCUUCGGAUUUGCAAGCUCGACCCCUUCCAAAUCACCCGGAUGCCACGCAAAUCAAUCUUCCAACCGCACUGGGUAGCCUUUCUUCGCAAAACUCCACACCACGUCAUCGGUUGGGCCAUCCUCAACUAAAGGUCUCGACGAUGGUGGCCAUUGCGCUCUUUACAGGGACAAGAAUACGAAAUUCUUUCCCCCAUGAAGAGGAUGUGCAUGGUAUGGGCACGAAGGCGACAGUAGGCUUCUACUUCCUGCGACACAGAUAUGUUGAGGAGAGUGAGGUGCCGCCGACUACUCGUCGGGAGCGAUGGAAGCGGCAGGCGGCGAUCAAUGGACUUAUCCCCCUCGAUGCCCUGCGUCCAUCACAAGAGAUUAUUCAACUAACGCGCAAGGUGGCCAAGACUGUGCAGUUGGUGGUUUUGUGUCGACAAGGGUGA